GUCCCUGGCCGGGCCUCGUAGCCGUACCUCUCGAUCGCUGCAUUUAGUUGGUCUGUUUUGUCUGCGUUUCUGCUUGGAAAGCUUCGAGUUCGUGGUGUUUCUUCUCAGGCUCCGGUAGGCGGUUUCCUUUUCCUUUUUGCUUUUGGAGAGGAGCGUCUCGUUGGUUUCCAUUCUUCCUAGUUUUGUACUACGUACCAUGUUAUUGUACGUCUUCUCGUCUUUUUAUCAUCGUCUCUGUCUUUCCACCGAUUAAAAUUUUGCUGCGAAGAAAAUUGGGUCUUAAAAAAAUGUGCCGCUAGUACUAGUAUCUCGUUGCUCUCGCUGUCGCAACUGCAUCGUUCUGCUGUCGUUGUUGGCUGCAUCGUUCUGCAAUUUGUCUCACCUACCUCUGAGCGCUGAUUAAGUUAAUAUAGCUCGAGCUUUGGCAUCCACAUUCCAUACGUAGAGGAUAGAGCACAAAGCUAUGCGCCUUUUAUACCUUCUCUCACCUCUGAGCUCUGAGGUUUAGUUUGCCACUGUAUGUGACCCCAAAAGUGCAGCCUUUUCAAGGCUUUUGUGCUGAAAGAUUCCUUUUGAUCAUAAUCAUAGAUUUGUACUAAUUAGUUCAGCUCGGUGCAUUUACUUUUAUGUUACCUUCUGAUCUUUGCUACAUUCCACUUUUCCAUCUUGCCUGUUGCUCCGUCACCAUCGUUUCAUAUCGUUGGGCGUGCCGGCUAACUUUCCUUUGGUUUCUAUAAACAACAGCAGGGCCAUGAGCCCAUGAACUGUGCUCCCCUCCCCCUGUGGCCUGGCCUAUGCCUGCAAAAACUCAGCUUUAGGCAUGUGUGUUUUCUCUGAAAGGACCCAUCUUGCUACAGAGAUAUGCUCUGAGUCUGACCUCGUGCCCGAGUUCAAAAUUAGGGCCUGAAACCUUUCAAAAACUGACGCUGAUCCUGAGACCUAGGAGCACCACAAAGCUAUUCAAACUCUUGUUACCUAUAUAUCCACCCGCCACUCCCCUAGUGGAUGGUAGUAGUAGUACUAGCUAACUGUCAUGCUCCUGUCUCUCAGUUAGAUUUCUUUAGGCUUUAUGGAUCUCAGGUACAAGCCUAGUUGGUAAAGUUUCAUUUUCUUCAUGUCCUUGCACUUAUAUCCUUUUCUGCUAUAUUGCCAUGCUCAGAGGUCGCGUUUAUGAUCAGAAGAAGGCAAUGAUCAACUUAUUUGACCUCAGCGCAGGGAUGUCUAGCACAAACAUGCUCACAGAUCGAGCUCGUAUAGAUGGUUCUCCAGCGUGUAGAAGCAGGCAAGAUGCCAAGAGAACAGUUGAUCCUGCUAAAGUUUAUACCAACGAUAAAGUAGGAGCUAGUAACUGGAGCUCAUCCAGAAAUAAAUCAAAUGUGUCUCCAUUGAAUGUGGCGUUAGAAAAGGAGAUGUCCAAGGAAUUGGAAUCAAAGAAGAAGUCACCAAGUGUGGUUGCCAGAUUGAUGGGACUUGAAGAAGAUCUACCUGGUCAAGAGCCAGCAUUACCUUCCACUAAAAGAAAUUUGAAGAAAAGACACCUAAAUGGCAACUUGGUCAAAACAAACAAUCUCCAUCGACAUCAAGAGCAGUACCAUUCCAGUAUGACAACAUGCGACAAACACAUAGGACCCAAAGAAACAGUUGAAUUUAAGGAUGUUUAUGAAGUCAGUGAAGAACCAUUGAGAACAUACCAUUUUCAGGACCAAACUUUUCCUAGGGAAAUGUCUUCCAGGAGCAAGAGAGACAUAAGGAUGGAAAUUGUUCGUCAGAAGUUCAUGGAAGCAAAGCGUCUUGCUACAGAUGAGAAACUCCUGCAUUCAAAGGAGUUUCAAGAAGCUCUUGAGGUUCUAAGUUCUAACAGAGAUUUGUUCCUUAAGUUUCUUGAGGAACCAAACUCUACUUUCUCAAAGCAGCUAGCUGGACUUCACAGAAGCCCAUCACCACCUCAGACAAAGCGUAUUACUGUGUUGAAACCAACUAAAUUUGUUGAGAGCGAUUGCAGAAGGGAAAUCAGAACACACAGAAUAAAUGAAGGAAAUGAACACGUGAUGCGGAGGACACACUGGAGAUCUCAUUCAGCAGAAGAUACCUUAUCCCAGCCAACUAGGAUAGUGGUCCUGAAGCCUAGUCCUGGCAAGCCUAGCAGAACAAUGGCUAGGCUAACAACCGAAGCAGCCCCAGCUCAGUUCGCUGAGCAGAUAGGUUUUUAUGGAGGUUUAGAAGGUCACAAUUACCCAUCAGAUGCUCUACAUCGGCGGGAUGAGUCUUUAUUAUCUUCUGUAUACUCAAAUGGCUAUGGUGGAGAUGAAAGUUCUUUCGGCAGAUCAGAAGUUGACUACAUUGAUGAAGAAGAUAGUAACCUAAGUGACUCGGAGAUCGUUAGCCCAGUACCGCCGCUGCAUUCAUGGGAUCACUUCAAAAGAUACAGCAGUCCUCACUCAGGUUCAACUUUUAGCAGAACAUCUCGGUCGCCCGAGUCAUCUGUGAUCAGGGAAGCUAAAAAACGGCUUUCAGAAAGAUGGGCGUCAGUAGCAUAUAAUGAGAUCAACCAAGAAAAGCUGCAACUACCAAGAAGUUCAAGCACUUUGGGAGAAAUGCUUUCCCUUCGGGGAGUCAAGAAAGAAGCUGGUGGUAUGGGUUCUGUUUCAAGUAGUAGGCCAUGUGAUGCCGAGAAAGAGAUGACCCUGCGAGCUACGUGUAUAACUGUUCUUAGAGAGAACGAAGGAGAUGGGCAGAGCUCUCCAACGACUUUAGCAAGAUCAAAAUCUGUCCCAGUGUCAUCGUCCAUGUUUGAUGACAUAGCACCAAAUGCCCCGUCAUCCAAUUGUGAAGGCUGUAAAACACCAAACUCGGCCACAAGAUCUGAUAAAGCAAAGUCAUCAUUCAAAGGGAGAGUUUCGAGUUUUUUCUUCCCUAAAAAUAAAAGGCAGUCAAAAGAGAAAAUCAUCCCAUCUGCUAGCUUUGAUGGGAAAGUCGAAGUCACUUGUUUUGGCAGCAUGAAACCACAGGGUGGUCAUAAUAUUGGUUCUAUGCCAUUUUGUGAGGACACAGAUGAUAGUUCUGCUACUCAAACAAUAUGUUCUUCAAAAGAUGUUGUUUCUAUUGAAGUACCUAUUUCUUCUGCCUGUCCAAGUGAACAUAUUGAUGGAUCGAGAUCAGGUGGUCUGAAUUGUAGCUGUGAUAAGCCUAGCCCUACUUCAAUUCUUGAUGUAUCAUUUGAAGAUAGCAACCUUAAUGGAUCUGAAUCGUCAAGAAGCAUUCCUUGUAGCAACGAGAGAAUUGCCUUACGAUCCGAUGCAAUUGAAUCUGUCACGCGCUCAUUAUCAUGGGAGGAGGAUAUGAGCUCACCUUCGCCUUUACUUGAUUCGACAAACUUAACCCCAAUCUCAAGCGUGGACGACGAUGAACUUGAAUGUGUUGCCUUUGUACAAAAGAUUGUAUCAUCUGCUGGGCUAGGCGACCUGCGGUUGGAUAUGGUCUUCACAGGCUGGUACUUGCCUGACUGCCCUGUAGACCCUGCAUUGUGCGACAAGCUAUUGGACCGGAAGGAGGAGGCUGCUAAGUCGAGGGAGCGGAGGUCGAACCAAAAGCUUCUUUUCGAUUACGUGAACAUGGCAGUGGUCGAGAUUGGCCAUGACACCUUACUAUGCGCCUACCCCUGGAGGCAGGCGUGCUCCAUGGCCUGGGAGGAGACCCUCUCUCAAGCUUUGGCGGAGGAAGUGCCACACCAUAUGAGGGAUUGGCUCCAUGGAUCAGGAAAGUUUGCAGGAAACGAGAACGACAACGCCGGAACGUUGUUGGAGAGAGUCAUGCGGCAGGAGGUGGAAGGGAGAGGCUGGGUGAAAUCCAUGAGAUGGGAGUUGGAUGAGAUCACAGAGCAGAUUGCAGGAAAUGUGCUGGAUGAAAUAGUGGUAGAAGCAUUGGAUGGUCUCGGGAUUUGUUCUCCGUGGCCAGAAAUGGCCAUGGCAAUACCGAAUCUGUAGUAGUAGCGAUUGCUCUGUGUAUGAGAAAUGAGAACUGCUCUUAAAAUUAUUUUGUGCUGGAAAAAAAAACUCUCGAGCAUCUGCA